UGCAGUCAACGCACAGAAAGCUUUUUCUUCUUUUUUUUUUCCCCCACAUCUCAGAAUUCAGACCUUGCCCUGCAAGUCAACGCGUCUGCCUCCCAUCUUCUCUUUCUCUCCCUCUUCGUCCAGCCUCAGCUCUCUUCCCCCAAAUUUCUCCCAUGCUCUUCCCAAUAUAGCUCCCCUCUCCCUCCCUCCAUCCCUCCAUUCCCUACUCGAUCGCCCCAAAACUCCCCCACCCAAACCAUGGGCAACGGCUGCGCGAAGCUGACCCACUGCUUCUCCGGCGAUGUCCGCCGUCGCCACGGUGCCGCCGCUGUAACGUCGGAGCCCUACGACGAGGGCCUCGGCCACUCCUUCUGCUACGUCCGUCCCGACACCACCACUGCCGCCGCCGCCGCCGCUGUCGCCUCCUCCAAGGUCCACCACUCCGAGGAAACCACCACCUUCCGCACCAUCUCUGGCGCCUCUGUCAGCGCCAAUACUGCCACUUCUCUUUCCACUGCCCUCGCCGACCUCGACUACCCCCAGGCCUCCGCCGCCGCCUCCUUCGAGAGCUCUAUCUCUUUCUCCUCUGUCCCCCUCCAGCCAGUCCCCCGCUUCUCCUCCGGGCCCCUCUCUGGCCCCCUCGCCCCCGCCGACCGGGGAUUCCUUUCUGGCCCCAUAGAGAGGGGGUUCAUGUCCGGCCCCCUCGACCAUCGCGCCGCCCUCUUCUCCGGUCCCCUCGACGUCGCCCCCUCAGGGCACCUCCCCAGGAGCCUCUCCCUCCGCCCCCGCUCCCGCCGCGGCGCCGCCUCUCUCAUCCGUGGCUUUACCAAGGCCAUCGCCCGCACCAUCUCUUCUGCCGCCCACGUCGGGGGGCCCAAAGACUCCGAUUUCUUUCCCGACGGCUCCACCCAUCCGAGCUCCGGCAGCGGCCGGAACAGCGUGGACGGUGGCGAGGAUUCCGAUCUGUUCAGCGCCCAGAGCGGCAGUCUCCAAUGGGCGCAGGGGAAAGCAGGGGAGGACCGAGUGCAUGUUGUCCUCUCGGAGGAGCACGAGUGGGUCUUCGUCGGGAUCUAUGAUGGCUUCAACGGCCCCGACGCCACUGACUACCUCCUUUCCAAUCUCUACUCCGCUGUUCAAGGAGAACUCAAGGGCCUUCUUUGGGAAGACAAGUAUAAAGCCGGCGAUGAACCCUCCAAUGAUCCAAUCAUCACCGCCACCACUGCCGCCGAGGAAUUCAAUCCAUCAAUUAUAACGAAUUGGACGGAAUCUGAUGAAUGCUGGAAAGAAGGGAAGCAGAGGAUUAGGAAAGUUCGAGGGGUGGCAAAGAAGUAUUUGGAAAACCAGAGGAGGUGGAAGUGCGAGUGGAACAGGGAAAGAUUGGAGCUUGAUAGGAGAUUAAAGGAGCAAUCGAAGCAAUCAAGCAAAUUGAAUGGCUCAGUGAACCACGUGGAAGUGCUAAAGGCACUGUCUCAGGCUCUGAGGAAAACAGAGGAGUCGUUUUUGGACAUCGCCGAUAAAAUGGUCUCGGAGAAUCCUGAACUGGCGCUCAUGGGAUCAUGUGUUUUGGUGAUGUUGAUGAAGGGGGAGGAUGUGUAUCUGAUGAAUGUCGGCGACAGUAGAGCAAUUUUGGCACGGAAGGCCGAGCCAGAUUUAUGGAGUUCGACCGGGAAGGCAAGGCAGGAUUUGGAACGGAUCAGUGAGGAGACAUUGAAUGAUCUUGAAGCCUACGACAAUGGGGAUCCCAUGGAUAUAUUGCCAAAUUUGGCAGCUGUGCAGCUUACCCUGGAUCACAGCACUUGUGUCGAAGAGGAAGUUCGUAGAAUUAGGAAUGAACAUCCUGAUGAUGCUUCUGCUAUUGCGAAUGAUCGUGUGAAGGGUUCAUUGAAGGUCACCAGAGCAUUUGGGGCUGGCUUUUUGAAACAGCCCAAAUGGAACAAUGCACUUCUAGAGAUGUUCAGAAUUGAUUAUGUGGGAACCUCGUCAUACAUCUCAUGCAAUCCUUCUCUUUAUCACUAUAAACUCAGUCCAAAGGAUAGAUUUUUGAUAUUAUCAUCUGAUGGGCUUUACCAAUAUUUCACCAAUGAAGAAGCAGUUGCACAUGUUGAAAUGUUCAUUGCAACAAAUCCCGAAGGGGAUCCUGCUCAACACCUUGUUGAAGAAGUACUUUUUCGUGCAGCAAAGAAAGCUGGCAUGGACUUCCAUGAGCUGCUUGAAAUUCCCCAAGGUGACCGUCGACGGUAUCAUGAUGACGUUUCUAUCAUUGUCAUCUCUUUGGAAGGAAGAAUAUGGAGAUCCUGCAUGUAAAUAGAGACACGGAUUAGAAAGAAGGGAUGGUAAUCCACAAAAAAGUUGGACGCUUUUCUUUUUGUUUUCUCCUAGUUCCCUUUGUACCAUACAAGAUCAGUUUUGGGGAAAGGCCCAGUGCAUAUUGUAUCAGGCGGGGAACAAAGGUACAAUGCUGCUUCAAGUCAAAUCAAUCUGUUAAAAGGAAAAUGUAAUAUACUAUCAGUGAUUCUCUCUGAAACAUUCAUUAUUCAAUUCAAAAUUGUUACCAAUUGGUUCCCUCCA